AUGGCGGCGAUCAUUGCGUCCCAUGGACAAACGCCAUAUCGCAUGGCGCAAGAGCGUGAAUUCUGGAAGUACUUCCCCUUUGAGAAUUCCACGUCGCGAUAUGCCCCCUUCGACGAUGCCAGCAGCAACAACUUUGUCCCUGCAUCGUCCAAAGACGCCACCUUGAACUCUUUCGCUCAACUAGGUGCGACUCGACUCGGCGCGGAACGAUGUAUCAUCUCCUUGUUCGAUCGGACCCAGCAACACAUUCUGGCUGAGGCUACACCGACUUUGAGCCUGAUCGGUGGCCGUACUGCGCACGGGAACGAGAAGCUAUUGUUAGGAUGCUGCGUGUUCCCCAAGGAACGAGGCCUCUGCCAGCAGGCCACCGCCCCGCAAAGCAAGGACCAUUCCAAGGAAGAUAAUGAGGAGGAUAAAUACUCGGUAUUUUCUCUCGACAUCACCCAAGAUAAUCGCUUCAAUCCGACCAAGCUGGUCUCGGCGUUAUCUAGCUACAUGAAGGAUGCGGCUGCAACCACGAUGGAGUAUCUGGAAACGAAGGAAACAGCACACAGAAGCCGCCGGGCAGAAAAGAUGAUUGUUGGGCUCGGCAGUUUUGUGGAAGGCCGUUCCACCUUGCGAGAUUCCUGGUGGGAGGCAAAGGCACAACAUGACGCAGCAGAGACAUCUGGCCAGUCUGCAGAGGGUCAAUUGAACAUGGAGCAGCAGGAUCUGCAGCACAUAUCCAAAGAAUCCGGUAUGCAAGCCUUGCCUAUCCGCGAUGCCCCUAAAAAGAAGGAUAUCGACGGGCAAGAUCGCAAAACUGCACGCCGAACGCCUCGACAUAGUAGGCAUAAUUCUGGAGAGUCGGACUUUGAGCGAGAAAAUAGAGGAAAGGAAACCCAAUCAGGGCGAUCUCAAAAAGAGGCGACUACGCGUAGUGUGCUUGCUGGUGAUCGUCUCCAAGAUGAAUCUCUGCCGAGCAGUAUUAGGAACAUCUUUUCCCGGGCCGCCAAUUUGAUCCGGGAAGCGAUCAGCGCAGAGGGCGUCAUGUUUCUUGACGCAGACACGGACACAUUCGGAAACCUCGUCGAGAACAAUAAGCGCACCGUCAGAGGUACCGGACGCAAGGAUACCACAUCAAGCAGCGAUGAGAGCACGGACUCAAGUUCGUCCAGACAUGACGGACAAGCACGUAGGGCUGACUCUGGCGGCGAAGAAGCCACUUUCUCAGAGUGCCUGGGAUUUUCUAGCUCGAGGCUCUCGAGUAUCAACGAUGAGGAACGAGCAGGAGAAGCCAUCCGGGUGCCUCAGCCACUCUUUUCCUCGUUGAUCCGUCGGUAUCCACGUGGAAAGAUCUUUACAUACAACGCCAAUGGAUCGGUCUCCGAGGAUAGCGACGAUCCAACAAAGGGAGUCUCUGGCUCAGAUCAAGAUCGGACCUCAGCCAACAGGGAUUCUCGCGCUGGUUCAAGCCGGAGGCAAAAGCCUUUCCGACAGGACGCAGAUACCUUGGUCAAGAUAUUUUCUGGAGCUAGGAAUAUUCUCCUCUUGCCUAUCUGGAAUUCUGAUAAAAACCGAUGGUUUGCGGGGGCAAUAGUCUGGACAAAUCAACCGGACCGAAUCUUCACUUUCCAAAACGAAUUGGUUUAUAUAUCCGCUUUCACCAACAGCAUCAUGGCUGAAAUUCGUCGGGUCGAUGUGGAGGUUGCGGAGAAGGCAAAGACUAAUUUGGUCAGUAGUAUUACCCAUGAGCUUAGGAAUCCACUCCAUGGAAUCCUUGGAACGGCUGAUAUCCUGAGCGACACUGCCAUGAAUGCCCUCCAGUAUGGCAUGGUGCACACGAUUGAGUCGUGUGGCCGCACCCUACUAGAUACCAUCAACAACCUUCUUGAUCUUACUUUCAUAGAUCAGUAUAGGAAAGACCCGUCGUCUCGGGUCAAGGCCAAUGGCAAAAGAAAGCCCAGCAUACCUCAAAGUCUUCCCGGUGGUGAGAAAUCCUCAUUUACUCGUGUUACUUUAGACUCUGUCCUAGAGGAGGUUACGGAAUGUGUGUUCGCCGGAUAUUGUUUUUACAACCACCCUCAAGCUCCACCGCCCGCUUUGACCGAAUCAUCGUCCAGGACUGCCGGACAAGCCAGCAAAGCGGCGCCUGCCGGACCGCGCGCGAACCAAGUAACAGUUAUUUUUGAUAUCGAGCCGCACACCGAGUGGGACUUCUAUACGCACCCUGGCGCCUGGAGGCGCAUUUUGAUGAAUGUCUUCGGCAAUGCCCUCAAAUAUACGUCUUCUGGAUAUAUCUAUAUUGGCCUAAAGUCUUCUCAAUCGUCCAGAUCACAGAAAAGACAUCAGGAUGAAUUCAAUGUCACGAUAACUGUGAAGGACACCGGCAAGGGAAUCAGCCCAGCUUACCUGCAGAAAGAUCUUUUCACUCCAUUCAUGCAGGAAGACCCCCUUGCAUCUGGAAGUGGAUUGGGUUUGAGUAUUGUUCGGCAGGCUGUUGGAUUCCUUGGCGGAUCGAUUGAUAUCGAAUCCACACAGGGUGUCGGGACUGUCCUUUCAAUCCACACGCCCCUUCUCAAGUCAUCUGCCGUAAUGGAGCAUACAUCUGCAACCUCCUCAGUAUAUUCCUCGUUAAGGAAGCAUACAGAAGAUAAGAAAAUCGCAUUCUUGGGGUUCGGCACUGCGCUUGUUUCUCAACGUGACACAGGCUUGUACAAUUCGUUGGAUCGGAUGUGCCGUGAGUGGUUUGGUAUGAAGGUAACGAAUCUUUCGCCUUUACGAGGGAGGCACGCUCCAUUCGAUUUUUACCUGGCUGUGCAGACAGAACUGGACUGCGAGGAUGUUGGAGGCAGGAACUUAUUUGAAUUGCCAGCGCACUUCGACGGGGACGAUUCUUGCAAGGCUCCGGUCGUGGUCAUUUGCCAGACCCCUGAAGAAGCGCAUCGCAUGUUUGUGAGCGCCAAGAACCGGGGAAGCACAACUUCUUUCGAGUUCGUGAGCCAGCCAUGUGGCCCACGAAAAUUGGCACGGGCAUUAGAUCUUUGCAUCAAGCGACGAAUGGACGAAGAAUCCGGUCAAAGCCCUUCCGAGGAGCCGACUCGCUGGGUAGAAAUGCCCGAGUCGACCCACUUGCCUGUUGAUUUCGCACCGAUCGACCCCCCGGAAGAACGGCUGAAGAUCCAAAAACGACCGACUAAAGAUACGAUUGGCAAAGACGAGGAAAGCCCCAACCUUGGCUCACCACGAGAAUACCUCGACGGCGAUGGCGAUGGCACUGGUGCCCAAAGGCGGCAAGAUGCCGACGCUGAUCAAACCCCUGCUGCGCCAGAACAAUCAUCGGAGAAGGAUGGAGGCGGCCCGCAACCUCGUGAGAAAUGUGUGCUGUUAGUAGAUGACAAUGAUUUAAAUCUUCAGUUACUGUGCGCAUACGCCAAGAAAGAGAACUUCACAUAUACGUCCGGGAAGAACGGAGCCGAAGCCGUUGACCUGUAUAAAGCCGAUCCUGGCAAGUUCCAGGUCGUCAUCCUUGCCUCUUUAGAUAUCUCGAUGCCAGUGAUGGAUGGCUUUGAAGCCUCGCGGCAAAUCCGCCGGGCGGAGAAGGAGUUCCGAUCGAGUCUGUCCGAGUCUGAGCGAAAAGUAAUUCCGCCACUUAUUAUUGCAGCUCUCACCGGGCUCGAUAGUUCUGAUGCUCAGAAGGAGGCUCUGGGCUCUGGCAUCAACACUUUCCUCAUCAAACCCAUAAAACGGCCCCAGUUGCAAGCCGUCCUGCGACGCGAAGUUUAG